AUGAGGUAGUCAUAACUCUCUAAGCUUCAGGACAAAAGGAUUCCUCCUCAGCAGCCAUGAAUGGACAUUUUUCUAUUGAGUGGAUGGCCCAGAGCAGCCAGCAAGAAGGAUCAGAGAGCAGCAACAUAACUGUCUCCGGACCUACAGCCUGUGGGACGCUUUCUGAGAGUCUGCCUGGUUUUUAUUGUAGGCAGAAGUCAGAGAAUAUCCCUAAGCAGGAAAAGCAAGAAAACAGGAGUCAGGCCCUUGAAGCAUACAGCCAGAGUAUUCUCCAGCAACAAACCGCUCCCAAUAGCCAAGUGACUGAGGUUGGUUUCAGCAGUGGGACAGAGGAGGAGACCUCAGGAUAUGAGAGCGAAGGUGGACAAUCUCUCUCCCCUUCAGCUCAAGCUGACUCAAAAUCACCUCCAUCUCCUCUAGUGGGUCGGAGGCCCCGGACAGCUUUCACAGCAGAGCAGAUCAGUAGCCUGGAGAAGGCCUUCAGCAUAAGUGCUUAUCUGGGGACACAAUCUAAGGCAGAACUCCGCAAAAAACUCCACCUGUCUGAUAAACAGAUCAGAAACUGGUUCCAGAACAGACGGAUGAAGGUAAAGAGAACCAUGCAGGAUGCUCUGGCUCAGGCAUGCCAGGCUAAUGUCUGCCAGGCCAGUGUUGCCCCACAGUUCAUUCAUUACCCUGAGCUACAGGCAUACAGGCCAGGGCCAUACCCAAGAUACCACUCAGCAGCAGCAGUAGUAGCACCUGAGGGCCCGGCUGCCACCUCCUACAUCUAUCCACACAGUCAUGUGCAGUUCGGUUCCCCUCUCCCCAGCGUCGCCACUCUGCCCAUGGACUCUUUCUACCAGUACAGCAGCCUUUCAGGAGUCAUGGUGCCCUCUGCCACAUCUCACCUCAGAGAGUCCUACCCAACCUAUCCUCCAUAUUACUGAAAAUCACAUCAUGCAGACAUUAUUCUGUAAUGUAUUCUCAGCUGUGAUAUUUUGGCUUAGACAAAAGGAGAAGUUUUUGAUUUGAUUUUUGAACAAAAUAAAAUGUGUUAUUAGAAAACUGGCAAAAAUACUGCUUUGAAGCUUGAAUCAAGAAUCAAACAGGGUAGUGUGCAAUAACGGUCUGUUUGUAAUUUAUGUAUAGUUUAAAUGUAUUUAAAUUUCAUUUAUUAAAAUUCUGUUGUUAUGUCACUGUUGGUUUUAUGUCAGUGUGAAUAUUAUUCAAAUAAAUAAUAAUUAUUA